AUAAGUUGGCGCUCUGAGACCGGGAACAAGUAAAUGGAGAAAGAAGAGGAUUCACCCUAAAGUUAAAAUUUGUCAACUUCCGGGGCCGGCAUAUAUUCGCAUGUUGAACGAAUCUACCACAAAAUGACUUCGCAGCAACCACCGAAACAACAGCAGACUGAGAAAGGAGCAGGUGAUAAAGAGAAGAAAAAGAAAGAGACUAUUCUUGAUUUAUCAAAGUACCUCGAGAAACCAAUCCGAGUCAAGUUCAGUGGGGGAAGAGAAGCCAGUGGAAUUCUGAAAGGAUAUGAUCCAUUGUUAAAUCUUGUAUUAGAUGACACCACAGAAUAUCUGAGAGAUCCAGAUGAUCCGUACAAAUUGACUGAAGACACAAGGAGUUUAGGACUUGUUGUGUGCCGAGGCACGUCAGUUGUCUUAAUAUGCCCGUCUGACGGAAUGGAGGCUAUAGCGAAUCCUUUUGUGCAGCAGGACGGAUGAAUGUGUGUAAACAUACUGUUGUUAUGAAUAUAUGAGAAGAUUUAAGUGUUCAGAAGUAUUGGGCGGAAGUGUUAUAUAGUUUUGAUGUAUAUAUGAGGACUCCGAUACAUGGAAGAACGUCUACAAAUGAAAAUCGUUGAGAAAUUGAAAGUUGUUAAAGACAGUCUUGCUGUACUAUUUGAAAACAAAACAAAAACAAUUACACCGAUUAAUAUCUUCUUUGGAACAUCACUUCUAAACUCUAAGAAGACAGUUUAUUAUAUUUUGUUCAGAAAAAGUCCUUUUGAAAGAUAGUGUGCAGUGCUUUAAAAGCACCUUAACUCCAGUUUUAAAAAUUACCAGUAAUUGAUAACUAAAUUCUGAACUCUUCUAGAGAAUAGCUUUUUAAAUGUCAAUAUUAAAUGAUAUUUGGAAUAAGUAGGACCAGUAUAUUAAGUACUUUCAGUGUGCCAUGCUAAAGUACCAUUCGUAGCUUUUAAAGCUAACAGGUGGAUCUGUGUUCUUUUCAGAAUGGUACAUCAAAGUGUCAAAAGGUUAUUGAUGGUGUUUUACAAUGAACCAUAACUCUAGUUUCAUUAAUUAUUUCCCCAUUUUCAUUUUUUAGCUCACUAAAGGUGAGAUAUUGUGACUGGUCAUUGUCCGUCGUCUGUCGUCAUCCAUCAACAUUUGCCUUGUUAACACUCUAGAGGCCACAGUUGAAUCCUACUUUCAUGAACCUUGGUCAGAAUGUUUAUCUUGAUGAUUCCUAUGCCAGGAUCAAAAUUGGGUCCUGUGGGAUUAUAAACUAGGUCAGUAGGGCAGAUCAAAGGAAAAUCUUGUUAGCACUUUAGAGUCCACAGUUUAAGUUUGAAACUCCUGCGACUUGGUCAGAAUGUUUCCCUUGAUGACCUCUAAGUCUUGUUAGAAUCUGCGUCUUGUGGGGUCAAAAACUAGACCACACGGUCAAAUCAAAGGAAAAACAUGGUAACAGUUGUAAUCCUAUCUUUAUGAAACUUGGUCAGAAUGUUUGUCUUGAUGAUCACUAAGUCAGUUUUGAAACUGGGUCGUGUGGGGUCAAAGACUAGGUCAGUAGGCCAGAUUAAAGGUAAAAACAGUUGUCUAUAUAAAUCUGGUAUAAUAAUAAUAAAUCUUGUUAACACUCUUAAGUCCACAGUUUAAGUUUGAAACUCAUGAGAAUUGGUGAGAAUGUUUGAUUUGAUGAUCGCUAGGUCAGUUUGGAAUCAGGGUCAUAUGGGGUGAAAAACUAGAUCACCUGGUCAAAUCAAAGGAAAUGCUUGUUAACACUCUAGAGGCUACAGUUGUAACUUAAUCUUUAUGAAACUUGGUCAGAAAGUUUGUAUAGAUAAUCUCUAGGUCAGUUUUGAAACUGGGUCUUGUGGGGUCAAAAACUAGGUCAGUAGGCCAGGUCAGCUGUGGUGAGUGAUAUAGGGUCAUCAUGACCCUCUUGUUUUCUGUACAUUUGUAACUUUAAUAUAGUCAGUGAUGAAAUAAAUUGAAUGUAGAGAACAUUUUUGUUUGAUUUUAGUGCUAUAUAUAUCUAAUAUGCUUGUCUGUUAAAACACUCUUACGCUUAACAUGCGGUGACGUAAAUGUGUUC